AUGCACCACCCCGGCGCCCUCUCAAUACGCCUGGCAACGUGCCUGCUCCUCCUCCUCCUCCUCCUCACACCCCGCGCCGCCCGUGCCGAGAACCGCUUCCGCCGCCCGCCCGGCCCCGGUCCCUCCGGCGACUUCCGCGACAACCCCGUCUACACGCUCGGCAGCCAGCUAGACCUACAAUGGGAGACGGUCUUCGCCUCCGUCAGCCUGCUCAUGUGGCACGAGGCCAACUACACCUCCGAGCCGACGUAUACCACAAUCAUCUGUGAGUCUCCCGUCCACGACGCCCCCGCCCCCAUCUUCCCUUCCACCGUCUCCGCCUUUCGAUAUGUCCAUAGCUCAUACGGACUUCCUCCCCCCACAGCAAACACCAAAUCGCUGGGCAUGCUCUGGACCGUCAGCUACAACGGCUUCCCAGCGCAUCAUGACCCGUCCGCGAGUCCCGUCUACUUCAUCCAGAUGUUCCAGUCCGGCUCCAGCACGGGCGACAUCACAUCGCACUACUUCAACAUCACCGAGCCCGCCGCCGACGCCGCCUCUCCCUCGGCCUCCGCUCCCUCAGCCUCCGCGUCCCUGACGUCUGUGACCUUCUCGUCCGGGUCCGCGACCUCGUCACCGUCCUCGACCACAGACAAAAACAAUAACAACGGCGGCGGCGGCGGCGGCAGCAUCCCGAGCGGCACCGUCGCGGGCAUCGCCGUCGGCGCGGUGCUGGGCGCCUUCGCUGUCGCCGGCGUGGCGGGUUGGAUGCUCUGGAGGCGGCGGAAGACGAAGGGAAGGAAGGCGGGCGCGAGAGGGUCGUCGGGGUUGGUGCAGGGGAACAAGAUUUCCGACGAGAAAGAGUGCUACGCUGGGCCGGUCAGCGGCGGCGGCGUGCCGGGUCGGUACGAGCUUGACGGCGCGCGGCAGAGCGUGUAUGAGUAA